CAGGCCGAAGCUCGAGAGUCGUCCAGGCGUUUUCGGCACGAAGCAGUCCCUUGGAAACCACCCCGAAGCCCGUCGUCGCUGCGCUACUUCGUCGGCAUUCCAUCCUUAAAGUCUACGCUCGCUUCGAAGUGAAAUUCAACCCCCGUUGAGAUCGCAAGUCGAGCCAUCCGGCCGUGAAGAAGAUCCGGCGAAGAAGCAGGCGGCAUUAGGGACUGUUGAGGCGAGGGACACAAGCAGAGACAUGGACAAUGUGCAAAUGAUCGGCACUAAAAUCACAGCAAUCAAGGAAUACUUAUAUAAUUUCGCACGAACGCAUUCACCCACAAGACUAAUGAGUGCCGAAAAUACUUACUCGCUCUCCAAGGAGCAUUGCAACUUGAAGUACUCGGAUAUCUUGCCACAAAAUGCAGAAGGCUAUCCGGCAACUAGAGAGUUCUUGAUGAAAGUGGUGGACAUCCUAUUGGAUUUCGUCAAAUCAACGAAUGAUAGAAAUUCGAAGGUCCUCGAGUUUCAUCAUCCUGCCGACAUGAUGCGCUUGCUCGAUUUGGAAAUUCCGGACUCCGGAUUGACUCUCCAACAGCUCUUACUGGAUUGUUCCAUGACUUUGAAGUAUCAAGUGAAAACCGGACAUCCGCAUUUCUUUAAUCAGCUAUCAUGCGGCCUCGAUUUAGUGUCCAUGGCCGGCGAGUGGCUAACUGCGACAGCAAACACAAACAUGUUUACCUACGAAAUUGCUCCCGUUUUUAUUCUGAUGGAGCAUGUCGUCCUGCAAAAGAUGCGCGAACUUAUAGGCUGGAAUUGUGGCGAUUCCAUCCUCGCUCCGGGAGGAUCUAUCAGUAAUCUUUACGCCUUUCUCGCCGCUAGGCACAAGAUGUUUCCGUAUUAUAAAGAAAAAGGACUCUCUGCCAUCGGAGGACAGCUGGUGAUGUUUACGUCCGAUCAGUGCCAUUAUUCCGUGAAAUCAUGCGCUUCCGUCUGCGGGCUUGGGACGGAUAACUGCGUGAUGGUGCCUAGCGACGAGCGCGGUCGCAUCAUUCCAUCGAAGCUGGAGGAAUCAAUUCUGGAGCGCAAGGCCAAAGGUCACAUACCGUUCUUCGUCAACGCCACUGCGGGAACAACGGUUAUCGGUGCAUUCGAUCCGAUCCAGGAAAUUGCUGAUAUCUGCCAAAAGUACAAGCUCUGGUUGCAUGUCGACGCGGCUUGGGGUGGUGGACUGCUUCUGUCGAGAAAAUAUAGACAUCCGAGAAUGACUGGCAUCGAACGGGCUGACUCGGUGACAUGGAAUCCUCAUAAACUUAUGGGAGCUCUGCUUCAAUGUUCCAGUAUUCACUUUAAGGAAGACGGGCUGCUGAUCAGCUGUAACCAAAUGUCCGCGGAAUACCUGUUUAUGACGGACAAGCUAUACGACGUGAGAUACGACACUGGCGAUAAGGUCAUUCAAUGCGGACGUCACAAUGACAUUUUCAAGCUUUGGCUGCAAUGGCGCGCCAAGGGCUCAGAGGGCUUCGAGAAGCAUAUGGAUCGAUUGAUGGAAUUAACGGAGUACAUGGUCAGGAGAAUUAAACAAAUGCCCGACAAGUACUACUUGAUCCUCGAGCCCGAAUUGGUGAACGUCUGCUUCUGGUAUCUGCCGACGCGCGUGCGAAACAUGCCACACACCGCGGAAAGAAUAAAAAUCUUGGGCGAGAUCUGCCCAAUUCUGAAGGGUCGCAUGAUGCAGUCUGGUACGCUGAUGGUUGGUUAUCAGCCGGACGAUCGACGACCCAACUUCUUCAGAAAUAUCAUUUCUAGCGCCGCCGUGACGGAAGCGGACAUCGAUUUCCUCUUAGCCGAGAUGGAUCGAUUGGGUCACGACUUGUAAGAAAUCUGUCCAAACGUAGGCAUUAACCGUACGAUAUGCAAUGAUUAGAUGACUGAAAAUUUCCUUGGCAAAAUUACAUCCGCCGUCAUAUUAAUUAUCUGGGCAUAUACUUUCGCGAUACGUUCUAUAAACAAAAAGCGUAUCCAAUAAAUUUAAAGCUCAGACAAAAAAUUCAAAAUCAAUAUGAACGUACAAUGUAACACAUGAAGAUUUGUGUGGUCUAAAUGUUGCAAUAAGA